AUGGUGCGUCACAACGCCGAAAACGACCCACCAAUCCGAGCAUACGACGCACAGGAAGACGAAGAUGACCCGAAACAGGAACAACGGGCAGCAAAACCCCCAACAGUAGCAGCCUACCCGAGCAGUCAGUGGUACGCGCCGUACAGGGAAACAAACCCCGCCGUGCGCCGCCUCGCCGCGAUGGGCGCGGUUGACCUGGCUUUGGGUGGUGGGGCCCGAUGCAAAACACGGGCCCAGCCGCUCGUAAGCGCGACUGGUCACGAGUGCGCGCCGCCUAAGUGUCUGGACUACGACGCCGCCCUCGACACCAGCAUCAUCCACGAGGAUCUUGCGAAUGGUCGCGACAUCUCCGAUGGCUACAACAGACCCGCGCGUGUCGACGCGACCGAAGAACAUCCGACAGCGACACCUCCAAGUCGCUCCACCCGAAGCAUCAUGUUCCCGACUGGCUGCGCGUGCGUUGGGCGUGCUUGA